GACGCGCAUGCCGCUCGCUUCUCUGGUCGACGGCAGAGACGGCGACCGGAAAGAAGGUUUUUGGGGGGCGGACUUCGCCGCCCCGAGUCCCGUUUCGCGGGCUGUCGGAUGAGUAGUGCGCGCCCGGCUACGAAAGCGUGCGCGGAUUGUGAAGCUACCGAGUUUGAGAGGCUUUUUUUUUUUCCCCUUGCGAUGCGACAUGUGCUCGUGGGCGACUGUAAUUUCGGACCGUUCUCAGAGGUGGUGCGCAGCGAGGGUCGUCGUCCGAGCCUGAAGUUGGUGUGAAGUGUGUGAACGUUCUUCGUAUCCGGGCCUGUUCGUUGGCCAGUUUCGAGGUUUCGGCUUGCUACGUACAGUGAUGGCGAACUGACGGGAACGGUGACCACCAUAAAGUGAUGUUGGUUUGCUGCCUGCUAUCAGCCGACCAGUCCAACCAAGCUUCUCUCUCCUCCUCCAAUGGAGCCUACAGGGUGGCAACGCCAAUCCGGUGCAAGACGCGACAGUACGCGCGGAACUCUGCUGAGGCAGACACCACCACUAACUGCGCUCGUCCCGGCUCCAUCAGAAAGUGUGGUCACGUGCGCAUCCAGCUUCUCAGAACAUGCAUCACCUUGUCGUAAAGCAUCUCCAAACACUAAAAGACGCUUCACCGCCUGUCGUCCCUCGAACCUUUUCGCGGAGUCUGUGUUAUAAUCGUUGAACAUCUGGCCGUUUAAAAACUAGCUUGCAAUCUGCUGAAUCAGCGAAACAGAAAGAGAGCGGACAAUAUGGCGACGGCAACGGGAUCUUCGACUCCCGUCGCUUCUUCGUCGGGACUGGGGGCAACGACAUCUCCCACAAUUUUCGCGCCGUCGGACGAAAUUCAGGCAGAUGUCGAAGAAGAAGCUGCGGACGAGUUGAACGGUGGAGCAUCCGGCCGUCGGCAACCGCAGCUUAAGACGAAGCAGCAGCAGCAAGGAAGCUCGGACAGCUGCGGACGUCCGGAGAGGCCUUCGUCGCGAUCCGAUCCCCCGCGGCAGCUGAGCAGCGCGGAGCAGCGAAUCGCGGCCGCCAUCCGUCAGCACUACUACCCGGAGGGCGGCUGGGGCUGGGUGGUGUGCGUCUGCGUGUGCCUCGUCAACGCCCUCAGCUGGGGGUUGCAGCUCAACUACGGAGUCAUGCACGCUGCGGCCGUCCAGCAGUUCGGCGAGGAGCACGCCUCCGAAGCACCCUGGCUAGGCUCCGCUUCCCUGGCCUCGUCGCUGUUCGUGUCCCCCGUGGUGGUGGCCUGGUGUCGGCGGAAGAGCGUUCGCCUCACGGCCAUAGUCGGGGGCCUGGUCGCGGCGCUGGGCUGCCUGUUCUCGUCGUUCGCGUCCCAGCUGCACCAGGGCCUCCUGAGUCAGGGUCUGGUGCUGGGCCUGGGCCUGGGCAUGGCGCGGGACGCCGGCAGCCUGGUGCUCGGCCAGUACUUCAAGCGACGCCGCCACUGCGCCGAGGUGGUCGCCUGUGCUGGUUCCGGAAUAGGCACGGCGGCCAUGGCGGCUUUCCUCCAUUCGGCGCUCGGAUCCCUGGGUUGGCGCCACGGUCUGCAGGCAGCGACGGGCCUGAUGUCUCUGAACUUCGUGCUGGGCGCCUUCUACCGGUCGGCGUCGCUGUACCACCCGCACCGGCGCGCCAUCGUGCACUUGAAGAACCAGCGGCGCAAGAUCAAGGAGAAGCAGCCGUGCGCGCAGAAGCCGCCCUUCUUUGACUUCUCCGUGCUUCGCACCCGAACGCUCAGGGUCGUCAUGGUGACCGCCGCUCUUGCCGCAGCUGGACUGUACACGCCCUUCUUCUGUCUCGUUCCGCUGAGCGUAGCCGAGGGCGUCCAAGGAGCGUGGGCGUUGCAGGCUCUUCUCGGUUUCGCAACUGCGGGUGGAACUGGCGUCGCUGGACUGCUGCUGUUGCGGCGUCCGACGGAGUGCGCGCUCAGCCGUCGUUGCCUGUGCCAGCUGUCCCUGCUGGGCGCCGGCCUGGCCAUGCUGGCACUCGGAGCGCUGAACGGUUUCGCCGGCUACGCGCUGUUCGCGGCCGUGUACGGUGCCAGCGCCGGCGGAGUGGCCUACGCGCUGCGCAUGCUCGUCUUCGAGCGGCUGAGGGCCAGGCACUUUGGCCGCGCCUGGGGUUUCGUCCAGUGGGCGCAGUGCCUGCCGGUUUUAGUAGGAGUGCCCGUUACCGGUUACAUCAACAAGUCGAGGCAGGAUCCCAAGGCGGGCUUUUAUUUCUCGGCAGCGUGCACUUUCGCCGGCGCCACGAGUCUCUUCUUUCUGCCGGACGGCCGGAGAGAGUCGGUUCGCUGCAUCCACGCUCCUCAACAGCACAAGCUGAUGCCCCAGCACUACCAGAACCACAACCACUCGCAAGAUACCCCGUGCUGCGAGUGCCAGUGCCCUCAGCAUCGGCACCCGAGUGCUAGUGAGAGCCCGAACAAGGGUAGCUUCGAGCGCGCGGACACCGCCGAUACCGACGUCGUAGUGAUCAAAACGACAUGCGCCUGCAGCCGCAGGUCUCUGCUGUCUUAUCAGAGGAGCACGUCAUGGUCCACUUCGAUGGAGUAUCUGGAUCAGCCUCCCGGUCUGGGCGGCGUGUUUGCGCCGGACGCUGACUGCCUCGACGACGAGCUGGCCGAGAUUGUGCAGCGGCCGGAGCUGUUGCAGUGCAUCACUGACGAGAGGCUAGUGGUAGACGUUGGUGCUCGCUGCCCGUCGUGCGGUGGUGUGGCGGCUGGACCACUGUGCGACUGCGCUCCAUCGACCAGAGCCGUGGUGUCGCCUAAAAAGGCGCACGCCUCACGAUGCGUCCACGAACCGCUGGUGUUCCGCUCAACCAUGGCUCCUAUUGAAGAAGUGACCAGCACCGUCUGAUCUAAUCACGUAUAAGGUGUGAUGUCAGUGAAUACUUCUUUCGUGGGUCGACACUGCAGCUCAUUAAAGUGUCCUGAUUUCCAUACAGCUCGGGAAUUCAGGUCAUACAGUCGUCGUCAAAAGUUCACGGGGUUCAGGUUCUGAUUUUCAGCCCAGCGUUAGAACGCAGCUAAUGAGACAGCACACAAUGUUCGUUGCGCAUGCACUAGUAUACAGGCAUCAAAACGGAAAUCAGAAAACGCCACGAAAACGCGUUGGUCCCGGGUUCGAUCCCCGGACCAGGACAAAUUUUUCUUCAACUGCGAAACUUUAUUUAACAAGAACUUAUAUGUGUUCCCUUCGUAUAGCUUCGUGCUACAUUCGGGUGGACGACAAUUUUCCCUUUCAUGAAUCUUUCUUCACCUUGCGUGCUUCCUCAGAACACAGUAAACCUGAAAUCCCGGCUGUGUGCGCAUGCUCAUAAAAUAUUAAGCUUUCUGGUGGAUUCUGUGCCCCGUCAAAUUUUGCCACCGAUUUUGCAGGUAGAGAAGAUAAACACACAGCGCCGUCCGAGUUGCCUGCAUGUCCCGCGUUUCCCGUGUUGUGCGGAAUCAAGCCGGUCUUGGCCUCUUUUUUUACUUAAAGCGACUUUCUACGGCGCUAUUCGCCAAGCUUGUACUUCGCUUCUUCGGCUAAAGCGGUGAACUUUGAGUCCCACUGACGAAGUUGUACAACUGUCAAUCCCGACCGGUCCUAUAGCUCGCUCCAGAAUGCCCACUUAAUGUGCCAUUAUGUGUUCUUUUCCACUAAAGAUUGGGUGAAUGCCGGGGAUUCCUUGGGGUCCACCCGAAGAUGUGCGGAUCGCUGUGGUCUCUGCUGUUGUGUACUUUUCUCACACCCCACAUGCUGGGUGAUCUGUUGUGAGCACUGUUUAUAGAGAAUCACUUAUAUCGUCAUUUUGACCGACACUACGCGUAUACAUGGUGGCAACCCCACUCACGUCUUUGUACCGUAAGCGACGUACAAAUAUUUAACAAUAAUAUAUAUGUAAUGCCUGCUAUUCUCUUUCACGUACGGGGUUUCUAACCUUUGUUGGAAAUGUUGUGAGAUAGCAAGUGAGCCGCCAUUCAGACGGAACACGCUACGGGCCAAACAAACGGAUAACCGCAGUCUUAUCACAAUAUCGCGAUGAAAAUCCACCCCACCGAGAAGAGAAGCAGUUCAUUGAGUCGUUUUGCUCGUACUGCCUUCUUGUCCUUUUUUUACGUGCCAUAGCGCUGUUGGGCGCCAGACAAACACGCACACAUAAAUACGCGCGUGCACAGAGAAAGCGACGUUAGCAAACAACUGAAAACUGCAAUCACGGUGUGUGCGACGUCUUUCAAUGCGCAUGUCUGUUCCUGCACUGUCACUGACGGUUUUGUUCCUGUCUUCUGUAAUUGUCAUGAUGUUGUAACUGCAUGAAGCCCCACCGAUUUUGUCAAUAAAGACACAAAUAAAAGUUCAAGGCUAACGUUCAUGUGGCUCAUUCGAUUGAGCGAAGCAUUCUUUG